UGUGAAUCAGUCCCUGUGGUGGACUGAUGUGCUCGUGUGUCCGUGUGUUUCAGGCUGACGAUGCCUUGGGUCCCAGCUGGAACUGGCUCUACUUCAUCCCUCUCAUCAUCAUCGGCUCUUUUUUUGUACUGAACCUGGUUCUGGGAGUCCUGUCUGGAGAAUUUGCCAAGGAGAGAGAGAGGGUGGAGAACCGCCGGGCCUUCAUGAAGCUCCGACGGCAGCAGCAGAUUGAGAGAGAGCUGAACGGUUACCGGGCCUGGAUCGACAGAGCAGAGGAGGUCAUGCUUGCUGAGGAGAACAAGAAUCCAGGUCCCUCUGCUCUGGAUGUGUUGAAAAGAGCCACCACCAUCAAGAGGAGAGGCAUGGAUGUGGUGAGCCGAGGCCAAGCAGGGGAGGAACAAUACAGUGACAUCUCCUCUGUGGGCGUCCCCGUGGCCCGAGCCAGCAUCAGGAGUGCCAGGAGAGGGCCCGCUGCCUAUUUUAGAAGGAAGGAGCGACUUCUGCGCAUCUCCAUCCGCCGCGUGGUGAAGACGCACACGUUCUACUGGACGGUGCUCGGCCUCGUGGCGCUCAACACGCUCUGUGUGGCCAUUGUUCAUCACAACCAGCCUCUCUGGUUGUCCAACUUCCUCUACUACGCCGAGUUCCUGUUCCUGGCUCUGUUUCUGACUGAGAUGUUCCUGAAGAUGUACAGCUUGGGACCUCGUCUCUACUUCCACUCCUCCUUUAACUGCUUUGACUGCAGCGUGAUUGUCGGCAGCAUCUUCGAGGUUCUGUGGGGUUUCUUCAGGCCUGGAACCUCCUUCGGCAUCAGCGUGCUUCGAGCUCUGCGUCUGCUGAGAAUCUUCAAGAUCACAAAGUACUGGGCAUCGCUGAGAAACCUGGUGGUCUCUCUGAUGAACUCCAUGAAGUCCAUCAUCUCCCUCAUCUUCCUCCUCUUCCUCUUCAUUGUUGUGUUUGCGCUUCUCGGCAUGCAGCUCUUCGGUGGCAGGUUCAUCUUUGAGGACUACACUCCGACCAACUUCGACACCUUUCCUGCAGCCAUCAUGACCGUCUUUCAGAUCCUCACUGGAGAGGACUGGAAUGAGGUGAUGUACAACGGCAUUCGCUCUCAAGGAGGAGUGAAGUCCGGCAUGUGGUCCUCCGUCUACUUCAUCGUCCUCACCCUGUUUGGAAACUACACUCUGCUCAACGUCUUUUUGGCCAUUGCUGUGGAUAAUCUUGCCAAUGCCCAAGAACUCACCAAGGAUGAAGAAGAAGCAGAGGCAGCGUUCAACCAGAAGCACGCUCUCCAGAAAGCCAAGGAGGUGGGACCGCUGUCCUCCUUCAUGUCUUCAGAGGGAAGCCGGCGGCGGCGGCCCUACCUGUACAGGAAGAGAGCCAUCCACCGCAGUCGGCCUGCUUACUCCUGCUCCCUAGAGGAGGCGCAGGGGAGCAUCAGGGAGGUGCGUCCCCUGCCUCCACUCAACCCCUCUAACUCUUUCAUGUCCAGGAGAGAGAGGAGGAAAAGGAUGACGAUGUCGGUGUGGGAGCAGAGGACCAGCCAGCUGCGGAGACACCGACAGAUGUCCAGCAGAGAGAUCCUGUUCAGCAACGCCACCGAGGACAAGGACGGAACUCCUGCUCAGAACCAGAGUUCACAUGGACAGCAACUGUCCAUCCAUCGCAAGGCCGUGCAGCAGACCCUGUCCGGGAGCCUAAAACAUCUGACGGAGCCCUCGGCCUCGGUCGCCAAGAGCCAGGAUGUGGGCUCCUCCGUGACAGUGGACCCGCCUCCUGGUGCCACACUCGCCGGUGGAAUACCUGAGCCUCCGAUGUCUGUGCCAGACUCACAGGAUCCCUCCAGUGUUCCUCUUGCUGAUGUCCCGGAGUCUGUCACCUUGCCAGAACCUCCUGAGUCCAAGCCCGUCUCUGAGAGUAAUAACCUCGACGUCAGUCAAAGUCACAACAGCACCAACGAACUCAGGAGCCCCAGACUGAACGGCAAUCGCCAACGCAGGGCGGUGAAAAAGUUCAGACCCCCAGAUAAUGCUCCAGACGGUGAAGGGGUCAGGGACAGGAGGACACAGCACUGUUACCACCAGAAGGAAGGGGACAGGGGUCAGGGGUCAUCUUCUCAGAUUAAUAUCCAGUUGGUCGAUCGCUCAGAAAGUAAAGAGAGGAAUAGAAAUCCAGUUAAGACGGAGGAGAUGGAGGUGGUGUCCAAACCUGAGACCAGACAGGAUGAUCAGAGAGCGGGAGGGGACACGAAUCCACCAGGUGAUCAAAGCCACACUGGUGAGUGUCCCCCUGCAGGACAGGAGGGGCAUCAGCAGCAGCAGCUGCCCCGCCCUUCAACUGUGACUGAGGAGAAUAAGGAAACGAAGGAGACGGAGACGGAGGAGGACGGGUCUCAGCUCAGCUCCAGUGUCAUCGUUGACAUGUCCAACCUACAGCCGGGUCUGGAGCUGUCCACCAUCACAGUCAACAGCAAAGACACAGAACUGUGUAAAUCAGAAAAGGAAGAGGAGGCGCGGGCGGCCAAUCCUGUCAACACCGUGACUCCGAACAGCAUGUUUAUCUUCAAACCCGACAAUCCGCUCCGUCGAGCGUGUCACUACGUGGUCAACCUCCGAUACUUUGAAAUGUCCAUCCUGCUGGUUAUAGCAGCCAGCAGUAUCGCUCUGGCUGCUGAGGACCCUGUGGCCGCGUCCUCUGACUGGAAUAAGGUUCUGCGUUAUUUUGAUUAUGUUUUCACCGGAGUCUUCACAUUUGAAAUGAUCAUCAAAAUGAUUGACCAGGGUUUGAUCCUCCAUGACGGCUCCUACUUCAGAGACCUGUGGAACAUUUUGGACUUCAUUGUCGUGGUUGGGGCGCUGGUGGCCUUUGCCCUCACUAAUGUCAUGGGGAACAACAAAGGACGGGACAUUAAGACCAUCAAAUCCCUGAGAGUCUUACGAGUCCUCAGACCCCUGAAGACCAUCAAGAGACUUCCUAAACUGAAGGCCGUCUUUGACUGUGUGGUGACGUCUCUGAAGAACGUCUUCAACAUCCUGAUCGUCUACAAACUCUUCAUGUUCAUCUUUGCCGUCAUCGCGGUGCAGCUCUUCAAAGGGAAGUUUUUCUACUGCACUGACAGUUCGAAGGACACGGAGAAGGACUGCCAGGGCUACUACAUCGACUACGCCAAAGACAAGAAGGAGGUGAAACGAAGAGAAUGGAAGAGGCAGGAGUUUCACUACGACAAUGUCAUCUGGGCUCUGCUCACGCUCUUCACCGUCUCCACAGGAGAGGGGUGGCCUCAGGUCUUGCAGCACUCGGUGGAUGUGACUGAAGAGGACAGAGGACCCAGUCACGGCAACAGGAUGGAAAUGUCCAUUUUCUACGUCAUUUACUUUGUGGUCUUUCCCUUCUUCUUCGUCAAUAUCUUUGUGGCUCUCAUCAUCAUCACCUUCCAGGAACAGGGGGAUAAGAUGAUGGAGGAGUGCAGCCUGGAGAAGAACGAGAGGGCGUGCAUUGACUUUGCCAUCAGUGCUAAGCCCCUCACUCGUUACAUGCCGCAGAACCGUCACACGUUCCAGUACCGUCUGUGGCAUUUUGUGGUGUCGCCGUCUUUCGAGUACACUGUCCUGGCCAUGAUCGCCCUCAACACCAUCGUACUGAUGAUGAAGUAUUACUCGGCGCCACCGGCGUACGAAGCCGUGCUGAAGCAUCUGAACACGGCGUUCACCGUUCUCUUCUCUGUGGAGUGUGUCCUCAAAAUCAUGGCUUUCGGCCUUUUGAACUACUUUCGAGACACGUGGAACAUUUUUGACUUCAUCACUGUCUUGGGCAGCAUCACUGAGAUUGUGGUAGAUCUGCAGUUCGUGGACACGUUCAACAUGAGUUUCCUGAAACUCUUCCGCGCUGCUCGUCUGAUCAAACUGCUGAGACAGGGCUACACCAUCAGGAUUCUCCUGUGGACCUUCGUCCAGUCCUUCAAGGCCCUGCCUUACGUCUGCCUGCUCAUCGCCAUGCUCUUCUUCAUCUACGCCAUCAUUGGCAUGCAGGUGUUUGGAAACAUCAAGCUGAACGAGGAGACUCACAUUAACCAGCACAACAACUUCAAAUCCUUCAGUGGCGCUCUGAUGCUGCUCUUCAGGAGUGCCACGGGGGAGUCAUGGCAGGAGAUCAUGUUGUCUUGUCUUGGGGGACAGCAGUGUGAGACAGACCCCUCUCUGUCCUCGGAGCCGGAGGGCGGCUGUGGCUCUGACUUCGCCUAUUUCUACUUUGUCUCCUUCAUCUUCUUCAGUUCCUUCCUGAUGCUGAACCUCUUCGUGGCUGUGAUCAUGGACAACUUUGAGUAUCUGACCAGAGACUCGUCCAUCCUCGGUCCUCACCACCUGGACGAGUUUGUACGGAUCUGGGGGGAGUAUGAUCGUGCAGCCUGUGGUAGGAUCCAUUAUAAGGAGAUGUACAAAGUUGUACGCACUAUCUCGCCUCCCCUGGGCUUUGGGAAGAACUGCCCACACAGGGUGGCAUGCAAGAGGUUGGUCCUGAUGAACAUGCCGGUGGACGACGACAUGUCCGUCCACUUCACCUCCACGCUCAUGGCUCUCAUUCGCACCGCUCUGGAGGUGAAGAUAGCCAGAGGGGGAGAAGACAGAAAUCAGAUGGACCUGGACCUGCAGAAGGAGAUCAGUGUCAUUUGGCCUCAUCUCUCCCAGAAGACUCUGGACCUGCUCGUUCCUAUUCACAAAGCCAGCGACAUGACCAUAGGGAAGAUCUACGCCGCCAUGAUGAUCAUGGACUACUACAAACAGAGCAAGGCUAAAAAACUCAAGCAGCAGCUAGAAGAACAGAAACACGCUCCGAUGUUCCAGCGCAUGGAUGCGUCCUCUCUGCCGCAGGAAAUCCUGUGCAACGCCAAAUCCCUGUCGUUCCUCAGACACACUGCUGGAUCUGCUUUAACCAGAGGUGGUUUCCUGGCUCUCAGCCCCAUCUCUCCCCAAGAGAUGUUCCUGCAGCCACCGUCACAUUCUAGGGAGAAAGAGGAGGCGAUUGAAGACGACUAUCGUACGCCGUACCACCCCUACCACCUCCCCCGUCACUUUCACCCACAUCACCUUCAUACGCUGGUGCCAGAUGUCGUGGAGUACAACCAGGUACUACAGCCGACCAGGCAGGACCCAGCGGCUGUUAAAUCACCUCAGAGGACGGCGUCCAUCAGAGCGUCCUCCAUGCCUCGAUUGGCUGUUGAAGCACAGCCUGGGAUGUCACUGGACAGUAAACUGAUGAAACGCUCCUUUUCCACCAUCGGAGACCAGUGUGUGAACGGCCUCUGGCAGGAGCAACAUUCUCUGGAGAGAAUCAGUCCAGACGACACAUACAGACCCCGGCAGAGGAGCUACAGAGGCUCGAGAAUCAACCCCAAAGAAACAAGUAGCCAUGAAAGAGGGAGAUCCAAGGAACGACGCCACCUGCUGUCUCCUGACGUUUCCCGCUGCAACUCUGAGGAACGAAGCCAGGAUGCUUCAUGUGAGAGGAGACGCUCCCGCUCACCCAGCGAAGCUCGCACGCAGGCCUCACAGAGACAGGUGAACACCUCCGGCAGCCCCGCCCACGCGGCCUCAGACUCCGGUACCCCUCGUAAUCGACGUCAGUUGCCUCAGACGCCGUCCCGCCCUCGGCCUUACAUCUCCUACUCCCCUCUGGUUUGUCAAGCCCUCACCUCCACCACAGCAGUGCCCUCCUCGGCGGCCCACUCCCAGGAUGCUCCUGGUCGUUCCACAGAGGCCUCGUUGAGAGCCAACAAGGAGGACGUAGUGCCCUCUUCAAACCAAGGGUCAUCUAAAGGUCAAGUUCUACCGCCCAGCCACCCAUCACCUCACCGCUACAUCUCAGAGCCAUACCUACCGUUCCACGAGGACCUCAGCGGCGCUCAGCCUGGUGACGGUCAAGACACCCUCACCUUUGAGACCGCCAUAGCCACCAGCCUGGGACGGGCCAACGCCAUCAGCUCCGCUCCGCAGCUCAGACACUCCUGGCAGGUUCCCAACGGGCAUUUCAGAAAGCACCUGGGUCAGGUGAGUCCGUCUGGGGCCGGCGAGCCACUGAGUGACACAGAUGAGGACGACCGCUGCUAAAACACAGGAGCAGAUCAAGCGUUGAUCGACCGUCGGAGGCUGCGGCUCCUGUGCGGCCCCCGGACCUCGUUUUUUUCUACUCACCAGUAGCCAAUCAGGCGGAACUGAACGCCUGAGCCGUUUGUCUUGAUCCUUACUGGACAUUUCUCUGCCGUGCGCCCCUGCGUCUGCGUCUGUACAGCUGCAGGGAGUGUAUGUGUGUUUACGUGUGUGUGUGUGCUUUCGGUAGAGGAAAUAUACCAAAUCAAACAGGACCGUGAGAAGCUGACUGCAGGUCCAAUCCUCGUGUGGCCCAGCCUUCCCACACAAAAUACACAAAUCACUGAUCAAACUUGGGGACAUGUUGAUCCAGGGGGGACCAGAGGAGACUCGUUCAAGUGCUUUUUGUGAAGAUGAAGACGAUGUAGCCGUUAACGUGUGCACUGAAUGUAUUUAAGUGUGUUGAAAACCCCAGGUGAGGCCGUCAGAGCGUCCAGGGUACAUCUGACCGUAGCGAGGAAUCGAGGCGUGUUUUUCCAUUUUCUUACUGACAACCAGCCAUUUCCAACUCUUCAUGUUUACAGAGAAUACAGUCGAGGUCUGUGGGCAUUAAACGGUCACUAACUCUGAAGCCGUGAAAACAGGAAGUCGACCUGUAGAAAAUAAUGUGAGUUAAAUGGCGUCUGGUGGUAAAUGGUGACGGUCCGUUGAUAUUUUCUGCACUUGUGUAAAAAGAGUUCGUCAGUCAGCAGCAGCACAUCAGUGGAGACGGUGAGCAGAAACAAAGUUAGAUGUUUUGUCUCAGGUACUGUAUCCAUUUUUUUUUUUUUUUAAAUACUGUCCUAAACUUUAAGAUUCUGUAUUUUAGAUCCUGGACCUAAAAGUCUCCUCACUUCACGUGUCUGUUACCAGGCCACUGACUCACAGCCUGUGGACAGCGGCCCCUGCAGGACAGACAGCCAAACCAGUGAAGCCAAAUGUGGGUUGAUUUUCCCCACUCCACCUUCUGGACUGAACCCACUGAUGUUGUGACUCAAGCCAUGUGUUCCUGUACAUAAUGUGUCCACUUCAGGGCUGACUCUGUCACGUGAUGAAAGUGAGGAUUUUAACCUAUUUUAAUACACGUUACGCCAAACUCAGCAGAACGGAACAGUACGUACAGAGAUCACGGUCGUGGUUUUACGUCCCGGUGUUCCUGUCCAUCAAAGUCUACGUGUUUUGGUCUGAAAAACAAACAAAAAAAAGAAGAAAAAAAACAAACAAGCACCGUGGUAUUUUUCUAUGUGUUAGUAAAGUCGCACAUGCAUGAUCAUGGCCAUGAUGCAACUCCAUGAUAUUUAUUAUUAGUCUAAAAUGAUGUUGACGACGCAGAUAACUCUGCUCUAAUCCUUAGGAUCAUGAAACACACUGCCCCCUCCUGAAUAAGAUGAGUAUUUAUAUCCUGUACUGUUGAGUUGUUCUAACGUGUUGAGUUUGUCAUCUUUUUUUUUUCUGAAAUGUGAACCCAGGACUCUAGAUCUAGAGAUCUAGAGAGUGAGAAAUAAAUAGAUGUGUUAACCUGCCCAGGUGUGUGACUGAAAGUCCUCGUAUUUUAGACGUCAGACAACGUUAAAGGUUAAAGGUUAAAGGUUUAUUCAUACACCUCAGGUGGAAGCGUCAGUUGUGAGCUGUAGGUCGUGUCACUCUGCUCUCGUGAAACACUUUGCUCCACAUGUACAGUGUGUACAGUCUGGAGUCUGACGUCCGUCUGAUCUGUGUCUGGGGAGUUUCUGCCACAGAGUCUCCACAUCAGGCCUGGAUUUAGAUGAAGAUGAUUUACAUCUGGUAAAUAUGUUGAAUAAACUGUACAAAACAAAUCAAUGUUUAUUACUUAUUCCAUUCUUUACCUUUUUAUUCUCAUCACAACGACUGUGUAUGAACGUGUUCACACACCUGUUCAAAGAAACUAUUAAAAUGACAUCACUUGUCAUUACAUCAUACUCUCCUGGUGUUAAUGGGUUUAAAUACAUGGUGUCUAUAUAUAAAAAAAGCCUGUAAUAAAGUAGCAGAUUCAUGUGAUGUGUAACAAUCACAUUACUGUGUUAAUUUAAAUGACAAAUGUGA